GUCUCAUUUCCGCUACGAUCAACAUGGUGUCUUUGAAAUUCACCCUUUUGGCUUGUAUGCUAUUUGCCCAGUCUUUAGGUCGGAGAUACGAGUUUCCGUCACAGGACACUGCUAGACCGAUGACUCAACCAGAUGAACCACCACCAGAACCACGACGAUCAAUGAUUAGGUAUUCCACCGAUCACACUUGUAACCGACGGAUAGCCGCAGGUGCGGCUAUUAGAGAGGCGAUUCUCAUGGCGAAAAAAGCCUGGAUCCGCCUAGAGAAUUGGAGCAUGAAUCCACAGUCCGAUGACUACGACAUCGCGAGUCUCUUCAGGAAUAUCUUUAAAAGGGACUCCAGAGAAGAUUCGGCUUCGGUUCACCGGGUUCUUGAGGCCCUGUAUGGUGUUGCCACCGCUCAGUAUACGGCACACGAGGAAGCAAACACACAUUUCUACUGCGACAACGAUGAUCGCUGGAAGCUUGCUAAGGAUCGGCAAGAGUGGCAAAACGGUCGACGGCCAUCGAACUGGCCACCAGCCAUGGUCCCAAACUCUAGAGCGCGAGAGGUUGAUCAAGUAUGGCACGAUAUGUCCGCUGAAAAUCAGAUCAGGGUCGGAGCUGUAAGACUCCCCCUAUUCAGUACAAGGGGCAAGCCCCUCUGUAAGGACCCUUUGCUCAUGGAAGACGGUAUAUUUAAAUGGGGCAAGGCGUACCACUCGAACGAGCAUUACCGCACGCCAGGUAGACGUUGGGCCACCACCAUCACCCUUUGCUCGCCAAUGAUCAAUUCUAGAAUUUCGACGAUAGCUGCAGAUAGGAGCCGGGACUGGACGAAAUUCUCGCUUAAGUACCAAUUCGAUAGGGAAAAGUUAUAUUAUAGAAGAACACUGCCCGAGGACAUGUUCGGGAGCGGAGAGCUGUCGGCUUAUGCUAGUGUGGUAGCGCUGAUUCAAUUUUUGAGAGUGGGCGGCAUUGGACGUAAGUUGCACCGACUUGACUCUAUGUAAAAUGAACGCUUAUAGAUUGUCGUUAGUGGCGCAUGUGGGGUAUACGUGGGAGAGUGUCAUUUCAACUGGCCCGGAUUCGGCCAUUGAAUAUGCGGAGCACUAUGGUACAUAUUCC